AUGAAAACUCAGUCUGUAUUUACUUAUUCCGUUCACUCAGUCAGAGAUUCCUGUCAUUUUAAAUUUACUAAGACAAUUCAAUAAAAACAUAAACAUUCGUUUAGUGACCUCUUUUCAAAUAAUCCAUUAGAACAGUGCAACAAAUAGAAGAUAAGAAGAAAGAGUUGUUAUUGUAAUGAAUGUGGUAGAAUGAGUAAAUUCCAAUACAAAUUUAUGAAUCUCAAACAUCAAUUACUCCAAAAUAGAAAUCAGAGUUAUACUCUGCAUUCAUCAACACAACAUUGGCCAAACUAAAAUAAAUUGUCUAUUUAGCUUUCAAGUAUUUUGUUAUCAUUAUUAAGGUAUUAAACAUAUACGCAAAAGUUAGAGCUCUUUUCGUAUAAGUAGAAAAUCAUUAUUAAAUGAAAAAUCUGAAGAACAAAGAUCUCCACUGAUGCUAUAUGACUCUUCAUUUGCAAGAUCUUCUAUUAGUACAACAUAGAAAUUAUUAGAGGAAACUGCUUAGAAAAAUAAAACUUUCAGACCUAGUGUUUUUCAUACUCAUGAUGGACCUUCUCCGUUUGUACUUAAAUCUUAACAAUUAAUUACUUAACGACCUCCAUAAUCUGAGAGAUUUACAAAUACUAAAAUCAAACUCCGCAAUAAUACUAAAAUUUUAUGUCCUCUCCUUAUUGGGUUUACUAAAAAACUUUUGUGCCUUACAAAAGUGAAACCACCUCAAAUAUGCAAACACAAUAGAUUAAAAACAUAAUGA